AUGUAUCAACCCCAUUCAAAAGAUUAUGCAGUACUCACCUCUGCUCGCCCCCAGACCCAGACUGUUUCCUCACACUAUCAAAAUGAAAACAAUUUUAAAGGUUGCUCAUCCCUUUAUAAAGACUCUUGUGAUACAAAAAAUUCAAUUGCUUCAGAAAUUGACCUUGAAUGCCAUGAUACUUUAGACUCUGCAUCUGCUGAUCUUGAGAUGUCCCCUCCUAUUUGAAAGCCAAAAGAUGAUGAUUUCCUUCAAAUUGUCAAAGAAAAGCAAAACAGUUAUAUGCCGAAUCCUAAUUUUAUGGAAUACAAUCAGCCAUAUAUAAAUCCGAUUAUGAGGACAAUACUUUUUGAUUGGAUGAUUGAGGUUACCAGCGAGUUCUUAAUGAAGCGGGAAAGUGUGUAUUUAGCAAUGAAUUAUGUGGAUAGACUCUCAUCAAUUGUCCCUAAUAUAAAAAAAGAAGAAUACCAGCUUGUUGGAGUAACCGCACUAUAUAUAGCUUCAAAACUUGAUGAAAUUUACCAGCCAAAAAUCAGUGACUUCGAAAGAGCAGCCGCAAUGGGAUAUUCUGUAGCAAGCAUAAAAAUAAUGGAAAAAGCUAUGCUUAAACAUCUAGGAUGGAAAAUUCUUCCAAUUACCACUUAUAAUAUUUUGAAUUGACUAUUAAACCAGUGAGACUCAUAUAUUACUUAUCAUUUUGGAAGCCAAGUUUACAAUAAUCCUAUAUACAUAAAAUGGGGGGUGACGCAUGAUCACCCUCCCCGUGGCGGGUGUCUUUAUGCGUAUCCGGAUGUGGUUUUUGGUGCCAAGGGUUGUGUUAACCUUGAAGCGAGUGACCUAGAUAGCUAAUGUACACUAUCAUUUAAUCUAUAAUCCUAAUGAUUUUAAAAAUUUACCAAAUGAUGAAAAAAUUAAAGUGCAAAAAAAAUAUGAAGAAAGGUUCAUUACUUUCAAGCAAGCAAAUAAUCAGUCUUAUAUGAGGUUCCGAGAUAUAAUUCAUGUCCUAGACGCUUCGUUUUUGGAUCAGCGAACAUUAAGGUUCCCUCCAAGAAUUAUUGCUGGGAGUUUAUUUUAUUUAAUGACUUCAAAAUUCUUCAAAAAUUCCAAAUAUGCUCUUUUCCUUCACAAUACCAUGUUCCAGGACCAAGAUUGUCUCCAGCUUGAGUUUGAAUUUGCUUGUAGAGCUCAACAAUUUAUUGCAACUUUUCUGUCGAGUACCUUGGAAAUUGAUAAUUUGGAAGAAAUUUAUGAUUCUGCAACCUUUUUAAUGCAGUAUGCAGAAAUUGAUUUUACGUACGAGCUACCAAUGGUUUGCAAGUUGCAGUCAAAAGAAAGGAUUGAGCAACACUAUGAAGAGUUUUUGACGUAUCAAACACAUAACCCAGCUCAUAAAGAUUUUGUGGAAAAUAGAAUGAAAUGUAUGAGGCAAAACUAA